AUAUGAGGCAGAAGGAGCCCCAUCAGGUACAUUUGCACAGAGGGCGGAGGCCGGGAAUGAGUGACGCAGGCGCUGGGCAAAGGUGGGUCUCCCCGAAGAGGCCAGACUCCAGCUGGUCGGAGCCCGAGGAAGAAGGGUGGGAGUUCAGGACCAGAGCCUCUGUCUACCACGUACCCUCUGCAGCAGACUGGCCCGUGGGUGCCUCCCAUGAACGGAGACGUCCCAGAGGUGUUCCUCGCAGGCGGAGACCUGGUGUCCCAAGGCCACACUCGCCGCUGCCUAUCUGCAGUUGAGUCCAGAGAGCAGCUGGAGGAAGACGAGGAGGAGGAGAAGGAGGAGGAGGAGGAGGAGGAGGAGGAGGGAAAAACAGAGAAGGGAGAUGGCUUCCACUCCGUACCCCUCCGGAGGUCAGGGGCCUUCCGUGCCCAUGGCCACAACCACAGCCCGUUCAAAAGACACAGCUGGGGGCCAGGCAGGGAGCACGAGGAUCCACUGAGCAGGCACGCACUGCAGGCACCGGGAUGCACAGGCGCCAGGGAGGCCGCCUUGCUGCAGAGCCAAGAGGAGCUGGACAGCUUUCUGGGGCCGCAACGCCAAGGCAGUCAGCCCGCCCGCGCGGGUCAGAAUUGCUGUCAUCCGUCUGCCGGCGCUUUGGACCACUCGGCCCCUGGCGUGCUCUCCAAGUCUGUAUCCAUGAGUGGCAUCAGUAGCCUCUUGGGGUGCUCCGAUCCGGCUGGGACCUUAUGCCAGUCCUCCACCGCUGCCCUCAGCCAAAGCUGUAGCCAACUGGAACGGGGCUCUGGAAGCUGGACAGGCUCCCCUCUGCAGCGCACCCUCAGCUUCCUCCUGGGCAUGACCGGAAAGGCCAAGACCCGGGAAAAGGAGAAGAUGAAGGAAGCCAAGGACGCCCGCUACACCAACGGGCAUCUCUUCACUACCAUCUCGGUCUCGGGCAUGACCAUGUGCUAUGCUUGUAACAAGAGCAUCACGGCCAAGGAGGCCCUCAUCUGCCCCACCUGCAACGUGACUAUCCACAACCGCUGUAAAGACACGCUCGCCAACUGCACCAAGGUCAAACAGAAGCAACAGAAAGCCGCUCUGUUGAAGAACAACACUGCCUUGCAGUCUGUCUCCCUUCGCAGUAAGACUACCCCCCGGGAGCGGCCGAGCUCUGCCAUUUACCCCUCGGACAGCUUCCGGCAAUCCCUGCUUGGUUCCCGCCGCGGCCGCUCCUCCUUGUCGCUGGCCAAGAGUGUCUCUACCACCAACAUCGCUGGACACUUCAACGAAGAGUCCCCCCUGGGGCUGCGGCGGAUCCUGUCCCAGUCCACGGACUCCCUCAACAUGCGGAACCGGACCCUGUCCGUGGAGUCCCUCAUUGACGAAGGUGCAGAGGUGAUCUACAGCGAGCUGAUGAGUGACUUUGAGACGGAUGAGAGGGACUUCGCAGCCGACUCGUGGAGCUUGGCCGUGGACAGCAGCUUCCUGCAGCAGCAGAAGAAGGAGGUGAUGAAGCAGCAGGAUGUCAUCUACGAGCUCAUCCAGACGGAGCUGCACCACGUGCGGACGCUGAAGAUCAUGACACGGCUGUUCCGCGCGGGCAUGCUGGAGGAGCUGCAGCUCGAGCCCGGCGUGGUGCAGGGGCUGUUCCCCUGCGUGGACGAGCUCAGCGACAUCCACACGCGCUUCCUCAGCCAGCUGCUGGAACGCCGCCGCCAGUCCCUGUGCCCCGGCAGCACCCGCAACUUCGUCAUCCACCGCUUGGGUGACCUGCUCAUCAACCAGUUCUCCGGUCCCAGCGCCGAGCAGAUGCGGAAGACCUACUCGGAGUUCUGCAGCCGCCACACCAAGGCCUUAAAGCUCUACAAGGAGCUGUGCGCGCGCGACAAGCGGUUCCAGCAGUUCAUCCGGAAGGUGACGCGGUCCGCGGUGCUGAAGCGGCAUGGGGUGCAGGAGUGCAUCCUGCUGGUGACCCAGCGCGUCACCAAGUACCCGGUGCUCAUCAGCCGCAUCCUGCAGCACUCCCACGGGCCCGAGGAGGAACGCCAGGACCUGACCACAGCCCUGGGGCUGGUGAAGGAGCUGCUGUCCAACGUGGACCAGGAUGUGCACGAGCUGGAGAAGGGGGCCCGCCUGCAGGAGAUCUACCACCGCAUGGACCCGCGGGCGCAGGCCCCAGUGCCCGGCAAGGGCCCGUUCGGCCGGGAGGAGCUCCUGCGACGCAGGCUCAUCCACGACGGCUGCCUGCUGUGGAAGACGGCGACGGGCCGCUUCAAAGACGUCCUGAUGCUGCUGAUGACGGACGUGCUGCUGUUCCUGCAGGAGAAGGACCAGAAGUACAUUUUUCCCGCCCUGGACAAGCCCUCCGUGGUAUCGCUGCAGAAUCUGAUUGUGCGGGACAUCGCCAACCAGGAGAAAGGCAUGUUCCUGAUCAGCGCCGCGCCCCCUGAGAUGUACGAGGUCCACACGGCGUCCCGGGAUGACCGGAGCACCUGGAUCCGCGUCAUUCAGCAGAGCGUGCGCGUGUGCCCCUCCAGAGAGGACUUCCCCCUGAUUGAGACAGAGCACGAGGCUUACCUGCGCCGAAUCAAGAUGGAGCUUCAACAGAAAGACCAGGCCUUGGUUGAGCUGCUGCAGGAGAAGGUCGGGCUGUUUGCCGAGAUGACCCAUUUCCAGGUGGACGAGGAUGGUGGCGGCUUGACCCUGCCUGCCCUACCCAGGGGCCUUUUCCGCUCCGAGUCCCUGGAGUGCCCCCGCGGAGAGCGGCUGCUGCAGGAUGCCAUCCGUGAGGUGGAGGGUCUGAAAGACCUCCUGGUGGGGCCCGGAGUGGAGCUGCUCCUGACAGCCCGGGAACCAGCCUUGCCCGGGGACCCGGACAGCGGCGGUAGCACGAGUCCUGGGGUCACUGCCAACGGUGAGGCCGGAACCUUCAACGGCUCCACUGAGCUCUGCGGAACCGACUCGGACUCCAGCCGGAAGGUGGGGCUCCCGCAGGACCGGAACGGAAAUCAGCUGAGAGCCCCCCAGGAGGAAGCGCUGCAGCGACUGGUCAAUCUCUACGGGCUUCUGCACGGCCUCCAGGCGGCCGUGGCGCAGCAGGACACGCUGAUGGAGGCGCGGUUCCCCGAGGGCCCCGAGCGGCGGGAGAAGCUGGCGCGCGCCAACUCCCGGGACGGGGAGGCCGGCCGAGCCGCGCCCGCGCCGCCCGCGCCCGACAAGCAGGCCACCGAGCUGGCGCUCCUGCAGCGACAACACGCGCUGCUGCAGGAGGAGCUGCGGCGCUGCCGGCGGCUGGGCGAGGAGCGCGCCACCGAGGCGGGCAGCCUGGAGGCGCGGCUCCGCGAGAGCGAGCAGGCGCGCGCCCGGCUGGAGCGCGAGGCCGAGGAGGCCCGCAGGCAGCUGGCGGCGCUGGGCCACAGCGAGCCGCCCCCGGCCGAGGCCCCCUGGGCGCGCAGACCCCUGGACCCGCGGCGCCGCAGCCUCCCCGCGGGCGACGCCCUGUACCUGAGCUUCACGCCCCCGCAGCCCAGCCGAGGCCACGAGCGCCUGGAUUUGUCUGUGACCAUUCGCUCUGUCCAUCGACCCUUUGAGGACCGAGAGAGGCAGGACCUGGGCAGCCCCGAGGAGCGGCUGCAGGACAGCAGCGACCCGGACACGGGCAGCGAGGAGGAGGGGGGCUGCCGCCUGUCCCCGCCCCACAGUCCGCGAGACUUCACCCGAAUGCAGGACAUCCCAGAAGAGAUCGAGAGUCGCGACGGGGAGCCUGUGGCUUCAGAGAGCUAAGGGGGCCCCUCCCUCCGUCCUGUGCCCCCAGGAAGAACACACCAGGGGAGGCAAACUCUGGAGCCUCCAGUGUGCCGUCGGCAAGGGAACAUUCGAAAGAACUGCCGACUGCCCCUGCCGGCUCUGGGGCUCCUCGGACACCUGGGGCCGCUGGGAGGCUGGGGGGAAAUGGGCCACAGCACCUCCUGCUGGUAUCCAGGAGCUACACCACGGAUGCCAGCUUUUCAUGCCUUCUUCCCUCUACUUUAGGAAAAUUUAUUUAUUUAUUGUUUAUUAGUUACACGGGGAGUGGGGAGAUUUAGAGGACCAGGGACACGGGAACCAAGCCAUAGGGAUGAGGGGGCCUUGUCCUGCAACACUACUGGGGCUUAUUCAGGCUAAACAACGCCCCCCCUCCAGCAACACCUGAGAGGCGGUGCCAAGGACCAGGCCACCCUUCCAGAAGGGCUGUGGGCGGGGCCGUGCUCCCCUUCCCUCCCUGCUCACUGCUGCGCUCCCUUCUCUCCAUCCAUCGUGGAGACCCCAGGGAGCUAGCCUGGCUCCCUGGAGUCGGAGGCGAGGGAGUAGAGGGCAAGGUGGCGGUGAUGGCUCUGUUGGAGGGUGAGGGGAAGCCCACGGGACCAGAAUGUUCUUUGUUGUUGUUUUCUUUUUUGUACCAAAGCCAACUGCACGUGUUUUGUAUUUUUAAGAGAUGAUUGUAGGCAAUUAGAAAUCACAGCCUUCUAUCUGCGCUUAUCAGAAGAGCUUGCGGGGUGGGGGGGGAUGGCAUCCCCUCACUGGCGGUAAAGGGGGACCUACUCUGACCUCUUCUCCAGCCAUUUGGAAAACAUUUAGGGUGAGUUGGGGAAUCUCUGUGAACCCUGACCUCGUCCGCACCUCAGCAACCGUGACUGAAACCUCAUUGUGAAUUUGGGGGCUUUUCCAGUGGACCCCCAGUGCCCACCAGCCCCCGCCAUUUUCUGCCAAUUUGAUUGUUUAAAAAAGAAAAGAUAAAGCAAGGAAAAUUAAAGACCUGGAACCCCCA